CCCCAUUAUCGUGGCUCACAUAUAGAAUGGACCCUUAUCAUCUAACAGAAAUCAGAGUGAUUGUGUCCUCACGCGCUGUCAUUUCAGGGUGUCUGAGGGCUGCCACAAUCAUAAUCUCUCGCACUACGGGAAAAAUCAUAGCAGUUUUCAACUCCGUGACCCCUGCCUCCAACUUUCCUGCCGGAACCCUGUACACAGACUAUUCCCCAUAUGUCCUUCUGCCUGGACUAGUUGACACCCAUGUUCACCUCAACGAUCCCGGUCGUGCCGAUUGGGAAGGUUUCUAUACCGGCACACAAGCCGCUGCAUCUGGCGGCGUUACCACGAUCAUUGACAUGCCAUUGAAUUCUAUACCUCCUACGACAACAGUGGCUAACUUAAAAGAGAAACUCCGUGCAGCACAUGGCAGGUGCUGGGUAGAUGUCGGAUUCUAUGGCGGCGUCAUCCCCGGCAAUGCAGGCGAAUUGAAGGCUCUAGUGAAAGAGGGUGUUCGCGGCUUUAAAGGAUUUCUGAUUGACAGCGGGGUAGACGAAUUCCCCGCUGUUUCCCUAGAUGAUAUCCGAAUGAUCAUGACUGAAUUAGCCAAUGAGCCCACGAUCCUUAUAUUUCAUGCAGAGAUGCCUGGAGAUACUGAGCCUCCACAGAACGGCCCGGUUGAGGCAUACUCCACGUUUCUUGCAUCACGUCCAUCAUCGUAUGAGACUCGUGCUGUUGAAAAGAUUCUCUCUCUAGCUCCCUUAGCUCCUAAUCUGCCUCUGCACAUCGCUCACCUAUCUGCUAUGGAAGCAAUUCCAUCGCUUCGCAAGGCUCGUGCAAACGGCAUUUCAAUUACUGCUGAGACCUGUUUCCACUACCUCUCUCUGACUGCCGAGGACAUUCACAAUGGUGAUACCCGCUACAAAUGUUAUCCUCCAAUCCGGUCGCGACUCAAUCAAGACUGUCUCUGGGAGGAAUUGGAGCGCCACGCCGAUGAUGGUGUCAUCAAGACCAUUGUAUCUGAUCAUUCCCCUUGCACUCCAGAAAUGAAGUUGCUGCCCUUAUAUAAUCCAGAUUGCUUCACAUACGAUGCCAGCUCCACGAUUCAUGAAGGCAGUUUCCUCCUCGCCUGGGGAGGAAUUUCUUCUGUCGGACUGGGUCUUUCCAUUCUGUGGAAUGAGCUAAGCCGCCGAAGGAAUUUGGACACGAGCACUGACGCGACUAGUAUCCAGCAUGCCCUUCAAGACAUUGCGCAAUUAUGCUGCAUUAACACCGCCACCCAAGUCGGCCUUGGGCAGCAAAAGGGCGACCUUGUUCCCGGUCACGACGCUGACAUUUGUGUCUUUGACGAAACGAUCGCUUGGACUGUUGAUCCCAGCACCAUGCGCUUCCGUAACAAAUUAUCUCCCUACCAAGGUCGCAAGCUCCGUGGCUUAGUCCGAGAGACAUGGUUGCACGGUGAGAAAGUUUUUAGUAGGGAAUUUGGUUUCACUAGCAAGACCCCAACCGGAAGAUUGAUCCUUGCAAAUGAUUGA